AUGAGGUGGAAAAUCCCACUGUCUCUCGUCGUCCACUGGACGGGGAUUGCCAACGCCGCCGCACUCUCCAGUAACCCACCAUGUCCAACAGAUGCCAAAGUUGUCAUCGAACAGCAACCGUUCGAGAUUCAAUGUUCCGGGAGCAUCUCCCUCUCGACCAGGACUAGGACCUACACUGAGUGGGUGACCACCACCGAUGUUGUCCAGGGUGGGACCACGUCAAAGGCAACGAUAGUUUACACCACUUCUAAUCCUCCUGGUCUUAUUACCGUCACUUCAACCGGCACUCAGACGGGAGCUACAACCAUUCCCCCAAAUAAUCCCGGCGAUCCGACCACUAUCGUCACCUAUGUUCCACCUCUGCCCACGGUCACUUCCCUCGCCAGCACCGCCGGCUUGACUACUGUUCCGCCUGGUCCAAACGGUGGCCCAUCGACCGUGGUCACCUUUGCGACAGGCCCUGUCACGGUGACCUCGUCGGCAAAGACUACCGGCCUUACCACAGUUCCUGGUUCAAAUGGAGGUCCUCCUACCGUCAUCACUUUUGCCACCACCCCGUUGGUUCCAGUGACCGUAACUUCGACCGCUUCAGUCACCGGGUUGACAACUAUUCCUCCCGGACCGAACGGAGGCUCGCCUACUAUAGUAACCUUCGUGACGCCCCCUGCUGGUCCAGUCACGAUCACCUCUUAUGCCUCCACGACCGGCUUAACAACUCUGCCUCCUGGCCCGAACGGUGGCCCCCCAACUGUCAUUACCUUUGCAACUGGGCCUCCAGGCACAGUAACGAUCACGUCUUUUGCGUCAACUACGGGCCUAAGCACCCUUCCGCCCGGUCCUAAUGGCGGCCCGACGACUGUCAUCACUUUUGCUACCACACCCCUUACCCCUGUGACUAUCACCCAGACGGCCUCCACGACCGGCUUGACAACAGUCCCUCCUGGUCCGAACGGCGGCCCGCCGACGGUCAUCACUUUUGCCACGGGACCUCUGCCUCCCGUGACGAUCACAUCGACAGGAUCAACGACCGGCCUGACCACGGUCCCGCCUGGUCCAAAUGGCGGUCCUACUACCGUCAUUACAUUCAUUACCGGUCCCCCACCAGUCACCCUCACAUCCACUGCGUCGAUAACUGGCUUGACUACCCUCCCAGUUGGACCUAACGGCGGACCUCCCACCAUUGUCACAUUCGUCACGCCUCCUCCUCAGACCCCCGUGACCAUCACCCAGACGGCAUCAACCACCGGCUUGACUACUCUUCCCCCGGGCCCUAACGGCGGUCCGCCGACAGUCAUUACCUUUGCUACCGGCCCUCCGGGUGUCACUCCUCCCGUCACAGUGACUUCGACCGGAAGUACUACCGGCCUUAUCACAAUCCCGCCCGGGCCGAACGGUGGCCUCACUACGAUCGUUACCUUGGUCACCGGUCCCCCGCCGGUUACGGUAACGUCCUUCGGAAGCACUACCGGAUUGACCACUUUACCUCCGGGUCCUAACGGAGGCCCGCCUACUAUUGUCACCUUCGCAACCACCACCCCGCCAGUGCCGGUCACAAUUACUCAGACUGGCACUACUACUGGGCUCACAACCGUUCCUCCAGGGCCCAACGGUGGACCUCCCACAGUCAUCACUUUUGCAACGGGGCCUCCUCCUGUGACUCUCACCCAGACUGCUAGCACAACCGGCCUGACAACGAUUCCCCCUGGCCCCAACGGCGGUGUCCCCACAGUCAUUACUUUCGUAACCCUUCCUCCAUUGACCCCGGUCACCCUCACUCAGACUGCGACCACCACUGGUCUCACGACAAUACCUCCUGGACCCAACGGAGGGCCACCAACAGUCAUUACAUUCGCAACGGGCCCUCCCCCCAUUACUAUUACUCGAACUGCCAGCACAACUGGUCUCACCACCAUUCCCCCUGGCCCGAACGGCGGCGUUCCUACUGUCAUCACUUUUGUAACCCUUCCGCCGCUGACUCCAGUGACUGUCACUUCAACUGGUACUACCACAGGUCUCACGACUGUGCCUCCUGGACCUAACGGUGGCCCCCCGACGGUCAUCACUAUCGUCCCAGGCCCGUCCCCAGUGACUCUCACUCAGACUGCAAGCACUACUGGUUUGACUACCGUUCCUGGCGGUCCCGGUGGUCCCAACACAGUCAUCACCUUCGUAACGACCCCGCCCCCGGUAACUCUCACUCAGACUGCAAGCACUACUGGUUUGACUACCGUUCCUGGCGGUCCCGGUGGUCCCAACACGGUUAUCACCUUCGUAACGACCCCGCCCCCGGUAACUCUCACUCAGACCGCCACAACUACCGGCCUUACAACUGUGCCUGGAGGAGCCGGCGGCCCUAACACCGUUAUUACCUUCGUCACCGGCACUCCUCCAGUUACCGUCACUCAGACAGCCAGCACGACCGGCCUCACUACUUUACCUCCGGGGCCCAAUGGCGGACCGACUACUGUAGUGACCUUCGUCACCGGCACUCCCCCAGUUACCGUCACUCAGACUGCCAGCACGACCGGCCUCACUACUUUGCCUCCGGGGCCCAAUGGCGGACCGACUACUGUAGUGACCUUCGUCACUAGCACUCCACCUGUCACUGUGACCCAGACUGCCAGCACUACUGGUCUCACCACGUUGCCUCCCGGCUCCAACGGAGGACCGACUACCGUGGUUACUUUCGUUACUGGCACUCCUCCCGUUACCGUGACUCAAACCGCCAGCACUACCGGCUUGACAACCGUUCCGCCCGGUCCCAAUGGGGGUCCCACCACCGUGAUCACCUUCGUGACGAGCCCUCCCCCAGUUACUUUGACCUCCACCGCUACUACAACUGGCCUCACAACUUUGCCCCCGGGACCUAAUGGAGGACCUCCUACUGUGGUCACUUUCGUGACCACCACCCCCCCAGUCACAAUCACAUCAACCGGCACCAACACUGGCCUGACUACAAUCCCUCCUGGAACCGCAGGCGGACCUCCCACUGUGGUGACGCUCGUGACCACUACCCCUCCAGUCACCCUCACAUCCACUGGCACAACCACCGGUCUGGUCACGAUCCCCCCCGGCCCAAGCGGUGGUCCUCCUACCGUGAUCACCAUCGUACCUCGCAUCGGUAUCAUUCGGACUUUUACUCAGACCGCCAGCCAGACCGGCGUCACGACUUUAUCAAACUCCGAUCCCUUCGGCACGACUACCGUCAUCACCUUCGUCACGGUGCCUACUGGUGCUCUGACUACUGUCACUUCGACUGGUACCCGAACUGGAGCCACAACCAUUAUUCCCACGGAUCCGGCCGGCACUACUAGUGUCAUCACAUUCGUCCCGCCAGCGACCGGAUUCGUCACGACACUCGUGUCAACAGCAACCCAGACGGGCGUCACCACUUUGCCCCAGACGGACCCCACUGGCACAACAACCGUCAUCACUUUUGUCCCUGUGACGGGAGCCAUCACAACCCUCGUAUCGACGGGUACUCGGACAGGCGUCACAACUUUACCUCAGACGGAUCCCUCUGGAACAACAACUGUGAUUACCUUCGUUCCCCCCGUAACAGGUGCGGUCACAACUCUCGUAUCGACAGGCACGCAGACGGGUAUCACAACUUUACCUCAGACGAAUCCAUCGGGCACAACAACUGUGAUUACCUUCGUUCCCCCCGUAACAGGUGCGGUCACAACUCUCGUAUCGACAGGCACGCAGACGGGUAUCACAACUUUACCUCAGACGAAUCCCUCUGGAACAACAACUGUGAUUACCUUCGUUCCCCCCGUGACAGGCGCGAUCACGACUCUUGUGUCAACGGGCACGCAGACAGGCGUCACGACCUUGCCCCAGACAGAUCCCUCUGGUACAACGACGGUGAUUACUUUCGUUCCCCGUAUAACAGGCGCGAUCACGACUCUUGUGUCAACGGCGAGCCAGACGGGAGUAACGACUUUGCCCCAGACAGACCCUUCCGGCACUACGACCGUCAUCACUUUUGUUCCUCCUGUUACGGGCGCAAUUACGACUCUUGUCUCUACGGCUACCCAGACGGGCGUUACGACUUUGCCCCAGACAGAUCCUUCCGGUACUACGACCGUCAUCACUUUUGUUCCUCCUCUUACGGGCGCAAUUACGACUCUUGUCUCUACGGCUACCCAGACGGGCGUUACGACCCUGCCCCAAACGGAUCCCGCUGGUACUACUACCGUUGUCACUUUUGUCCCUCCCCCAACGGGUGCUAUCACGACGAUCGUAUCAACCGGGACGAGGACGGGCGUAACAACUCUACCUCAAACGAAUCCCACUGGUACAACGACCGUUGUCACCUUCGUCCCCCCCGGCGCUUGUGCCACUCCGCCCGUGGAUUGUGCCGCAUCCGGCCUCACUCUCAAGCUCUACGCAAACUCGGUCCAAGUUGCCGAUGGCUAUGGAGUCUCAGACGGCCGAUCUGGAGUCGGGCCCGAUUACUACCUCACUCAGAAUGCCCUGGCUCAAGGCAGCACGAACUCAAUUUCCGUUCCCUACAAGGAUGCGAGCGGCACGACCGUCACGCCCUACACUCCCCAGACAUCAGGCUCUUCGACGGGCUUCCGGUACUACGAGGGUCUGACGCAGACGUACGGCGGCAUCACGUACAACGCCAACAACUUCACCCUCGUCUUCACCGGAUACUUCCGGCCUGAUCAGAGCGGAACGUACAACUUUUGCUACGGGUACGCCGACAACCGCGACGCUUUUUACCUUGGAGACGCUGCCUUCGCUUGCGGCAGGCCCGCGAACGCGGAUACCCCCAGGGGAGCUACUCCCCUGGCAAAGAGUUGGUUCGCUGCCGACGGAAACACCGGCUGCGCCAGCGUCAACCUCGUCGCGGGGGCCUUCUACCCGGUUCGACAGGUGUUUGGUAACUGGGGUACUCCCUCGUCUCUAAACUUCUUCUUCAACGGACCGGGCCAUGCGACGAACUCGUCUGACAUCUCGGGGCUUGCCUAUCCUGAAUCGUGCACCGCAGCCCAGCCCUCCAGCUCGUCAACAACUUCAGCCGCCACGGGCUUCGUCACUACGAUCGUGUCGACGGCGACGCAGACCGGCGUGACCACAUUGCCCCAAACGAAUCCCGGCGGCACGACCACCGUCGUCAGCUUUGUGCCUCCGGCCACGGGUGCCGUGACCACCGUGGUCUCAACCGGAACCCAGACUGGCGUAACUACUCUGCCCCAAACUGACCCGACUGGCACGACUACCGUGGUCUCGUUCGUACCCCCAGUCACUGGCCUCGUAACUACCGUGGUCUCGACAGGUACCCAGACCGGCGUGACUACACUACCCCAAACUGACCCGGCUGGCACGACCACCGUAGUGUCAUUCAUACCUCCGGUCACUGGUGUCGUAACUACCGUGGUCUCAACCGGAACCCAGACUGGCGUAACUACUCUGCCCCAAACCGACCCUGCUGGCACGACCACCGUGGUCUCGUUCGUACCUCCGACGGGCGCCGUGACGACCGUAAUCUCAACCGGAACCCAGACUGGCGUGACGACCUUGCCCCAAACCGACCCGGCCGGCACAACUACCGUAGUCACUUUCACGACGCCCAUCACCGGCGCCAUAACGACUAUCGUUUCAACGGGUACCACGACCGGCGUGACCACCCUCCCCCAGACCAACCCGGCCGGCACAACCACCGUCGUCACUAUCACGACGCCCAGCUGCACCCCGGGACUCCGAUGGGCCUACUACGGCUUCUCCCGCGCCGCCUCCGACACCGUCAGCACAGCCGGUCGCAUCCCCUACCACAACACCGACGACACCUCCAAGGCGAACUGGAAGACCACCUACUUCAACAUCCCAACUGUCCUCAAUGGCCAGACCCCGAGCAACACGGGCUACACCACGACCAUCGGCCUCGCUCAGCAGUGCGACACCACCACCCGCACGGUAUACGGUACAACGACAAGCGGCCAGUCCAACUUCAUGAUCGUCCAGCACAUCGGCUACUUCCACCCUCUCACCACCGGCACCUACACUUUCAGCUUCAGCGGCGUUGAUGACGGCGUCUAUCUCUGGCUCGGCCAGGGAAGUGCCGCAAAGACGGGCUUCACCAACGCGAACGCGCAGAAGAACGUCGAUUACUAUGACACGAGCAGCUCCGGCACGUACACGUUCGCGGCAACCGCGGGGCAGUACUACCCCAUCCGUCUCCUCUUCGUCAACGCUCAGCAGUGUGGUCUGUUCAAUUUCUCGCUCACGAACCCCUCCGGUGGCGUCGUCGUCUCCAACACCCAGGCCGUCACGAACAACCAGCUCGUGUUCAGCUGUCCCACCGUCGCAGACGCUCAACCAUUCAAUUUCUAA